CGUUGUGUUUGGACAUCGUGUUCACAUUUGCCAUGCUUUGACUCUGAUUGUUCGCACAUGUGCGUCACCUCUCACGUAUGACGCAUCCGUAAUUUACAAGGAAACGAGCCAAUCCGUAAAAGUCCUUCGCUAUAAAUAAGGCUGGACGGGUCAUUAAAUUAUUAUUAUAGUUCAUAGUUUCAUUAUUAUUCAUUGCAAAAUUAUCAGAGUAAAUGGCGGAAGAAGGACAGGUUAUCGGUUGCCACACCGACGAGGCAUGGAAGGAGCAGCUUCAGAAGGGACUCGACACCAAGAAAUUGAUUGUGGUGGACUUUAUGGCGUCAUGGUGUCCGCCGUGUCGGUUUAUUGCGCCGAUUUUGGCUGAUUGGGCAAAGAAGAUGCCGAAUGUCAUCUUCUUGAAGGUUGAUGUUGAUGAGUUGAAGUCUGUUGCUGAAGAUUGGGAUGUGGAAGCCAUGCCAACCUUUGUGUUGAUGAAAGAAGGGAAGAUUUUGGACAGGAUUUUGGGAGCGAAGAAAGAUGAAUUGCAGCUGGCAAUCACAAAGCAUGCUACUACUGAAACUGAAGCUGAAGCUGCAACUGUAAUUGCCAAAGCUUGAUUGACGCAGGAUCAUGAAGGGCUUGAUGAACUUAUGUUAGUUUGAUUAUUAAGUGUCAUGUUUUUGUUUGUGGUUAGUUUUGGCUUGCCUUUCAUCUUUGUAUGAUUGAAUAUGUUGAAUGGUCAGCUAUGUCUGCUUAUAAAUUUAUGAUAUUAGCCUA